UUCAGCCCGGCACAACAGCGGAGGGCCAGUCAACCCAUAAAGUCCUUAUACUCUUGCAUAAGGGCCUUAUCUUUUAUAUCAGUGAGAAUUUAUUUUUAAAAACCAAAAAGGUUCAAUUGAUACACGCCCUCAUAGGAUUAGGGUUAGUGCUUCCACACAUAUCUCCAUGUUACAGUGCUUGUUUAUGGAAAACAGACGGAAGACUGAGGCGACCACCUGUGCUAAAAUGGCUACCUAGUGUGCCAAGAACACCUGUGUGUAAGUGUUAACUGGAGAAUAGUUCAGGCGGUUGGAGGCACCCAUAGCUGUGUGGAUCUGUGCAAAACUGUUGCAGUAAGUAUCAUUUUUAUUUAAAAGAUUAUUCCUCGCUGAUGAAAGGGCCAUAUGUUUCGAAAGCAGUAUCGCAAGCAAUGAUUAUUGACAUUUCUCAACAGCAUCGGGAUUGUAGUUCACAUGAGCCAGUCAUGGGCGAAGUUAACUACUGAAAACUGUAGGGAGAAGGCAGAAUUCUGCCUAGAGUUUGAGAGCUAGGAUCUAUCCACAGAAACAUGACCUGAUAUUCAAGCGCCUACGGCUCACUACGAACAAGCACUGACAAAGAAACAUACCAUCUCAGAACCACACCCCACAACAUAAAUGUACAUAGCAACCAUUCAGCAUGGACAACACAUCACAAAAACGUUAAUCUGCACAAAUUCAUGGGGUGUGGUUUAAUACCAUUUUAAAUGCUCCCCAGUAAGUAGCGUCCCUUGGGAAACACUGACCAAAACUUUGGUUCCUGCCUUGUCACAUACGGUUUGAUUGACAUAAGACCAGUAAAUUACUAGGUUCACGUGAAUGAGCAAUAUUAUAUUGCCCUUUUCUGCUUUAAAAAAAAACUUUAACUGACUUGCCUAGGGUUGCAGCGGCGACAACCAACAGGCACAUGCAGGAUGAGGAGGCGGAGCUGAAGCUCAGCUGACCCCACCCAUUUAGUGUGACCUCCCUCCUACCCUCACCCAUCCAGCCAGCCGGGCCCAUGUUCUCUCCAGAGCAGGAAAAUAUCUCUCCCUCCUCCACCUCCUCCUCCAAAGUGCCAGUGAAAUAUGGAGAGCUCAUGGUGCUGGGGUACAAUGGCUCUCUACCCAACGGUGACCGAGGCAGGAGGAAAAGCCGUUUCAGUCUGUCUAAGAGACCCAAGGCUAAUGGGGUCAAACCCAGCACAGUGCACGCUGCCUGCACCGCACAGGCAGCUAAGGCUAUCAGCAACAAGGACCAACACAGCAUCUCCUACACGUUAUCCAGAGGUCAGACGGUGGUGGUGGAAUAUACUCAUGAUAACAGCACAGACAUGUUCCAGAUUGGUCGUUCCACAGAGAGCCCUAUAGACUUUGUGGUAACCGACACGGUGGCAGGGAGCCAGAGUAACUCAGACACCCAGUCAGUCCAGAGCACCAUCUCUCGCUUCGCCUGCCGUGUCAUGUGUCAGAGGACGCCCCCCUACACCGCACGCAUCUACGCUGCCGGCUUCGACAGCUCCAAGAACAUCUUCCUAGGGGAGAAGGCGGCUAAAUGGAAGACGUGUGACGGUCAGAUGGACGGGCUGACCACCAACGGCGUGCUGGUGAUGCACCCUCGCCACGGCUUCACGGAGGACUCCAAACCGGGCGUCUGGAGAGAGAUCUCCGUCUGCGGUAACGUCUUCACCCUCCGAGAGACCCGCUCCGCUCAGCAGCGGGGCAAGAUGGUAGAGGCAGAGAGCCAGGAGCUGGUGGAUGGCUCUCUGAUAGACCUGUGUGGAGCCACGCUCCUGUGGCGCACGGCCGAGGGCCUGAGCCGCACCCCCACCAUCAAACACCUGGAGGCGCUACGUCAGGAGAUCAACGCAGCCCGGCCCCAGUGUCCCGUUGGCUUCAACACCCUGGCCUUCCCCUCCAUGAGACGCAAGGACACCCCAGAUGAGAAGCAGCCGUGGGUCUAUCUCCAGUGUGGCCACGUCCAUGGUUACCACAACUGGGGAAGCCACCGGGACAGAGACAGGCUGGACCGGGACAGAGACAGGCUGGACCGGGACAGAGACAGGCUGGACCGGGACAGAGACAGGCUGGACCGGGACCAGGAGGAGAGGGAGCAGGGCUGGAGCAGGGAGUGCCCUAUGUGUCGAGCCACUGGGCCGUACGUUCCCCUCUGGUUGGGCUGCGAGGCAAGCUUCUAUCUGGACACGGCUCCGCCCACCCACGCCUUCUCACCGUGUGGUCACGUGUGUUCCGAGAAGACGGCUGUGUUCUGGAGUCAGAUCCCGCUGCCGCACGGAACACACACCUUCCACGCCUCCUGUCCCUUCUGCGCCCAGCAACUGAGUGGCGAGCAGGGAUACGUUAGACUCAUCUUCCAGGGCCCUCUUGACUAGGGGGACUAUUUGUCCUUGGUCGGAACUACUUUCCAUUUUGGUCGCAAAGGAACGACGCUUAGAACCUCCAACUGCCUGGGAUUUUGGGGCGGGGGGGAUUUCUGGAAUGUUCUCUCCGUUUCUGUUUGUAUCUCUGUGCUUUUAAGUGACCCUUUUCUAUUUUUGAUUUUUAUUGGGAAUGAAAACAAAGAUUUCUAUAUUUUCAUGUGAAACAAGAAGAGAAAGAAACCAACACUACUGGGUGAUAUCAUUUAGAUUUCUGAAAGAACUGUAAACUUUAUUUAUCUAUUAUACUAACAUAUGACCACACAUGGGUUUAUUCUCCUUUACUGUAUACGACUUCAAGUCCUUUAUUUCUGCCCAGACUUCAUAGUAACUCAACCAGAAAAUGAAGAUAAAGCUACAUUAGUUAUCCUCCUUUACUCUACUUGGUCAAUGUGCUUCACUUCAAUACUCUUUUUAACAUUUUUAUUGUGCUAUUAGCCUAUAAUAAUCGCAGAUCUCAAGUUCAAGGGUCGUAUUCAGUCGAAGCUGAACGGAAGCAAACAGGAAGGGACCUACCUCCAUUGGUCUAAUGAGAAACGUUUGUUUUCCGUUGCAAAACGUUUUGCUACGGUAUGCAGUAAUGAGUACGACCAAGGUGUGUUUUGGGGGUUCAGUUUUGUGUAUAGUGGUAUGCGUCGUGCCCCCCCCAACCCCCCCCAUCAUCAUGGAUCUAUUGAGUAUCCAUGACAACGUCCUGUCGUAUUGAAACCUCUGUGUUGUCUGUCUGAUGGGGAGUUCUGGCUGUGUGUAAGGGGGUGAAGUUUCCCCUAAGUACAGAUCCAGGAUCAGCUUCCCCUCCCCCAAUCCUAACCUUAACCAUUAGUGGGGAAAAUGUGAAACUGACUUAAGAUCAGCAUCUAGGGGCAACUCCACCCAACACCGUGUUAUAACUGUUCAUUUUUUCCCACAAGGCAUUGCCAUGACCUUUCACAGUUGAAGCAAUAGAUUUGGAUGCAGACUGGGGUUUGUAGUCCCGUGAGUGAGUAUGUCAGACAGCCUUUUCUGACGGUCUUCUCCCUUCAAAGCACAGGAGUAGAAACCAACAAGCCCAAACUGAUGUGAUGUAGUCGUUGGAGAGGUGUGUGAGCAAAUUGUAGUGGUUCCGCAUGCGUGAGUUAGAGCCUCUGUGUAUGUUCUGAUACUCUGCUCUGAUUGGUUCGAUAGAUUGACAGCUAUGUGAUUGCUGUCUGUAGUUUUGAUUGAGUGUUGAACACACACACACUGUUGCCUGUGUAAAGACAGACGGGUCAUGUUGAAUGUCAUUCUCUUCUUGAGUAUCUAGACGUCACGAUAAUUCUGAAUGAAACAGUAUUUAUAGGGACAAAAUACCUCAGUGUAAAGUAGUCCUGAACUUCAACCUUCAGGAUUUAGUGGUGUAGGGGGCAUUACAUAGUAUUUGUCUAUGGAUGGUAUUUGAUCAUGUUUUCACUGUAUGGGUGUGUAUUUAGUGUACAGUGUGUACAGUAUGAGUGUGUAUUUAGUGUACAGUGUGUACAGUAUGGGUGUGU